CCCGGCGCACCUGCCCUGGGCACCGCACACCUGGCCAGCGCUUCACGCCCGGGCGGCGUCGCCUCGCUGAAGUCGGGGCCCCACGUCGGUGACCCCUGGUGGCCACGUCCCCAGGGGCCCCGAAGCCCCCUGUGUGGUGCUCCGUGCGGGCAGGUGACUGGGCCGCCCGGGUCGGGUCUCGAGGCUGCCUGGAGGAGGGGGCGGCCGUUCCCGUCCGGCCGCGGCCCGGGUCACAGACUCGGCUGUCGCGGUUCAGCGGAGGGAGCUGCGGCCCGGGCGACGCGAUCCUGAGGCGGGACACGAGGGGCCAGUGGGGCACUGCGGACGGCCACGUCGGGGACGUCACCUGCCCUUCAGGGUCCCAGGACAGGAAGAUGCCUGCCCGCCCGCGCUGGGGACCAAGGGGGCGUCCUGUCUUACUGUGGGUCGUGUUCUUGCGGUCACAGCCACCGCCGGGAGCCGCAGGAAAGCGCCAGCCGCUCCUGCCCGCAGCGCGGCGCCCGGGGCCUCGGGCCCGGGGCCCCGGACCGGACCCCGACCUCCGCCUCGGCCUCGAGAUGUCGCCGAGCCCCGCGCUGGUGCUGCUGCUGCCGCCGCUGCUGCUGGGGGCGCUCCCACCGGCCGCCGCCGCGAGAGGUCCCCCAAGGAUGGCAGACAAAGUGGCCCCGAGGCAGGUGGCGCGGCUGGGCCGCACUGUGCGGCUGCAGUGCCCGGUGGAGGGGGACCCGCCACCCCUGACCAUGUGGACCAAGGACGGCCGCACCAUCCACGGCGGCUGGAGCCGCUUCCGCGUGCUGCCGCAGGGGCUGAAGGUGAAGGCAGUGGAGGCGGAGGAUGCGGGCGUGUACGUGUGCAAGGCCACCAACGGCUUCGGCAGUCUCAGUGUCAACUACACCCUUAUCGUGAUGGAUGACGUCGGCCCUGGGGAGCAGAGCCCAGGGCCCAGCAGUUCCUCAGGGGACAAGGCAGACCCAGCUGGCCAGCAGUGGGCGCGCCCCCGCUUCACGCAGCCGUCCAAGAUGCGGCGCCGGGUGAUCGCACGGCCCGUGGGCAGCUCUGUGCGGCUUAAGUGUGUGGCCAGUGGGCACCCACGGCCCGACAUCACAUGGAUGAAGGACGACCAAGCCCUGGCACGCCCGGAGGCUGGCGAGCACAGGAAGAAGUGGACCCUGAGCCUGAAGAACCUGCAGCCCGAGGACAGCGGCAGAUACACAUGCCGUGUAUCCAACCAGGCAGGCGCCAUCAACGCCACCUACAAAGUGGACGUGAUCCAGCGCACGCGCUCCAAGCCCGUGCUCACGGGCACGCACCCCGUGAACACAACGGUGGACUUCGGGGGCACCACGUCCUUCCAGUGCAAGGUGCGCAGCGACGUGAAGCCUGUGAUCCAGUGGCUGAAGCGGGUGGAGUACGGCGCUGAGGGCCGCCACAACGCCACCAUCGACGUGGGUGGCCAGAAAUUCGUGGUGCUGCCCACGGGUGAUGUGUGGUCGCGGCCCGACGGCUCCUACCUCAACAAGCUGCUCAUCGCGCGCGCGCGCCAGGACGACGCGGGCAUGUACAUCUGCCUGGGCGCCAACACCAUGGGCUACAGCUUCCGCAGUGCCUUCCUCACUGUGCUGCCAGACCCCAAACCGCCGGGGCCCCCCGUGCCCCCCGCAUCCUCCAGCGCCAGCCUGCCGUGGCCAGUGGUCAUUGGCGUCCCGGCUGGCGCCGUCUUCAUCCUGGGCUCCGUGCUGCUGUGGCUCUGCCAGGCCAAGAGGAAGCCCUGCGCCCCCGUGUCCACGGCGCCCGGGCCCAGCCACCGCCUGCCAGCCCCGGCCCGGGACCGCGGAGGGGCCAAGGACCUGCCUGUGCUGGCCGUGGGGCUGUGUGAAGAGCAUGCGCGGGGCUCGGGCCCGGUGGCCGGCCCCAAGCUGUACCCCAAGCUGUACACAGAUGUGCACACACACUCGCACACGCACUCCCACUCCCAUGGAGGGCAAGGUGCACCAGCACCAGCACAUCCACUACCAGUGCUAGACAGCGUGGGUGCAGGGACAGGCCAGCGGGCGGACGGGGGAGCAGCAGCCAGCACCCUGUGCGAGACACACACGGAUCAGGCCAGGUACACAGACACUGCCAGAUGGACACACAGAACACCAGACACGGACUCAACACACACCACACAGACAUGUUGCACACGCACGUGGACCGAGAUGCCCUUGGAAAGGCUUGGGCUGUUCAGCUUUGCAGCGACAUAGUCAUGUGAGUAGAUGAAGGACCCUGCCCACCUGCUGCCUGUGUCCUGCCCAGCCUCUGCCUGGGGGCCCAGGGUCCCUGGCCAAACGAGGAGAGAGGCGCAGACCCGCCCCUGCCUUCCCACUGCCACAGAGAGGGGCCUUGAUAUUUAUAUUUAAGAAUGGAGAUAAUAUUAAUAAUGACGGGAGCAGGGCUGGGCUCCAGAGGCUGGCCUGUCUGAGGCCUAGGCGCGCCUGGGCACAGUCUCACUGGUGUCCUCGUCCUGGCGGCCAGCCCUGCCCCCUGCGCCCUUGGUCUCUGUGACUAUAGAGUUUGAGCUAAAGCCUCGUAUAUUUAAUUUAUUUUGUUAAACAAGAAAGUGUGCAUCUUCUUCCUUGA